UGUUUCGGGUCGGGACUCGGGACUGAAGCGGCUCCGGAAGGUUUUGUUUCUUUAAGACCGAACCUUCAGGGUUCUGAUGAGGCUGGUCCUGGUCCUGGUUCUGGUCCUGGUUUCCCUGUGGAGGAGGACAGGCUGAUGAGCAGAGGAUCCGGGUCUGGUCCUGAGGAGACACGAUACUGACAUGAAGAAAGACAUCCAGACUCUACUAGCAGAGGAACGGGAUGACAUCAUCUUCAAAUACGCUACAGACAGACAGGGAGGAGUGGACAUCGACCCCUGGGAGGAUGCUGACUACAGCCUCUAUAAAUCCAUCGACCGCUUCGGCUUCAUGCAUGAGAGCGAGCUGCCGGCCCCGACUGUGCAUGAGGAGAAGGUGAAGCAGCUGGAGGUAGAGAGAGCAGAGAAAUGGUUGAAAAUGGUGAACAAGUGGGAAAAAUACAAAAACAGUAAUAAGAUGAUGAAGCGGGUGUACAAAGGGAUCCCCCUGCAGCUCAGAGGCCGGGCCUGGACUCUGAUCCUGGAUGUGGAGCAGACCAAGAGCCAGAAUAAGGGCAAAUAUGAGAAAAUGAAGGAACAAGCUCAACUUUACUCAUCGGAGGUGAAACAGAUCGACCUGGACAUCAACAGAACCUUCAGAAACCACAUCAUGUUCAUGGAUCGCUUUGGGGUCCGGCAGCAGUCUCUGUUCCAUGUCCUCGCAGCGUAUUCAGUUUAUAACACCACCCCGUUCACCCUAACCCUUCGCUUGUGGGACAUUUUCAUCCUGGAGGGAGAGCGCCUCCUCACUGCCAUGGCCUACACCCUCCUGAAGAUACACAAGAAGCGGCUCCUGAAGAUGUCCUUGGAGGAGCUGAGGGAGUUCUUGCAGGAGCGGAUCUCUCAGAUCUUCUUCCACAGCGAUGAUGUUGUGAUUGAGCAGCUGCAGGCCUCCAUGAUGGAGCUGAAGAAGAUGAAGCUGGACCUUCCUCCUCCAGGGAAAGCUGAGGAGCUGCCUCAGAAGCUUCUUGGGGAGGAGCUGCUGGAUCCGGUCCAGCCCUCCAGAGUGAGGCCGUCUUCAGAUGCUGGUUUCCCCAGAGCUGGACUGAGCCUCCACAUCAUCUCCCAACGUAUGGAUUCUGUAUGUGUAGACCAGAGUCCCUCCAAGGAUCCCAGUGGUCCUGAUGCUUUGGAGGAGCAGGAGACCCAGCUGCCCUCUCCUGACCCCAUCAUCAUCCACAGUCAGGUCCUGCCCACACCUGACCACAACCCUCUGAUGGGACCUCCACCGUACCAGACGCUGGCCAGCCCAGUCCCAGCUGAUCAUUUGUUCCCACUGCCCGACCAGGACAGGAAUAAAACCUAUCUGGACCCAGUGGACUCGACUGGACCUCAAACCUUUUCAGCAUCUAUGAUCCAAGACACAGCCCCAGCUCUGGACCUGGUUCAGUCUGAGAGUCUGUCAGGACCAGAGGGGUCUGAGGACAAAGGUCCAACCCAAUCAUUAGACCAACACUCCACUUUGUUCUCCAACAGGACCACAAACCAGGAUCUGGGUGCUGGACCAGCUAAAAACCAGGCUUCAAACGGUUCCUGAGAGUUCAGGAGGUCAAAGGUCAUCAUGGGUUUGAUGUUUUGAUCCUCAAUGAAGAAGUUUACAGUAUUUAGCAAUAAGUGCUUCAGACUGGUCUUUCUGUUCAGGACCAGAACUGAUCCUGGGUCUGUUACUGGUCCAACAUUCAAACAGAGCCUUUCAGUCCAGGUUCAUCAGUUCUGGAGAAGUCACUUUGGUUGGUUCAGUCCUGAAAGUUGCCUGACUCUGAAAUGACUCUUUAGUUUUUCUGUUGCUGCAUUUAAACCUGAGUCCUCAUUAAAACUCUUGAUCCGGUCCAGAAAAGUCCUCAUUAAAACUCUUGAUCUGGUCCAGAAAAGUCCUCAUUAAAACUCUUGAUCCGGUCCAGAAAAGUCCUCAUUAAAACUCUUGAUCCGGUCCAGAAAAGUCCUCAUUAAAACUCU